CCCUCCCCCCCCAUAUCAGUGCGCCGGGCUGAUAAAGGCGCCAUUUUGGACGGGCCGCGGGAGACGUGGUGCCGCUGAGGGCUCGCUCUGCCGUACGCUAGGCUUGGUGGGAAGGCCUCUCCUCGAGUCCGCGCUUUUCCUCGCCGCCAUGUCAGGAGGUGGUGUGAUCCGUGGCCCGGCAGGGAACAACGACUGCCGCAUCUACGUGGGUAACCUACCUCCAGACAUCCGAACCAAGGACAUUGAGGACGUGUUUUACAAAUACGGCGCCAUCCGCGACAUCGACCUGAAGAACCGCCGCGGGGGACCGCCCUUCGCCUUCGUUGAGUUCGAGGACCCGCGAGACGCGGAAGAUGCGGUGUACGGUCGCGACGGCUACGAUUACGACGGCUACCGUCUGCGGGUCGAGUUUCCACGGAGCGGCCGCGGUACCGGCCGAGGCGGCGGCGGGGGUGGAGGCGGCGGAGCUCCGAGAGGCCGCUACGGCCCGCCAUCCAGGCGCUCCGAAAACAGAGUGGUUGUCUCUGGACUGCCUCCGAGUGGAAGCUGGCAGGAUUUAAAGGAUCACAUGCGUGAAGCAGGUGAUGUAUGUUAUGCUGAUGUUUACCGAGAUGGCACUGGUGUCGUGGAGUUUGUACGGAAAGAAGAUAUGACCUAUGCAGUUCGAAAACUGGAUAACACUAAGUUUAGAUCUCAUGAGGGAGAAACUGCCUACAUCCGGGUUAAAGUUGAUGGGCCCAGAAGUCCAAGUUAUGGAAGAUCUCGAUCUCGAAGCCGUAGUCGUAGCAGAAGCCGUAGCAGAAGCAACAGCAGGAGUCGCAGUUACUCCCCAAGGAGAAGCAGAGGAUCACCACGCUAUUCUCCCCGUCAUAGCAGAUCUCGCUCUCGUACAUAAGAUGAUUGGUGACACUUUUUGUAGAACCCAUGUUGUAUACAGUUUUCCUUUACUCAGUACAAUCUUUUCAUUUUUUUAAUUCAAGCUGUUUUGUUCAGAAUGGGCUAAAGUGUUGAAUUGCAUUCUUGUGUAAUAUCCCCUUGCUCCUAUCAUCUACAUUCCCCUCAUGUCUGGUAAAUUGUAUUUUAAGUGAUGUCAUAGACAGGAUUGUUUAAAUUUAGUUAAUUUCCAUGCUCUUCAGACUGUGAUAUUGUGUAAAUGUCUAUUCUGCUCUGGUUUGUGUGAAAUGGGAUGUUGGGGAUGUUUGUGGUUAUCUUACUUGGGGAAGUUCUUAUGUUUAUCUUGCUUUUCAUGUGUCUUUCUGUAGACAUAUCUGAAGAGAUGGAUUAAGAAUGCUUUGGAUUAAGGAUUGUGGAGCACAUUUCAAUCAUUUUAGGAUUGUCAAAAGGAGGAUUGAGGAGGAUCAGAUCAAUAAUGGAGGCAAUGGUAUGACUCCAAGUGCUAUUGUCACAGAUGAAAUUGGCAGUAUUGACCUUAUACUAAAAGACAAGGGUUAAAAUUUUUAUCUACCUUAAGACACUUGUAAACAUGCAGUUAUCUUUAGCUACAAUUGCUUUGCUUUUUAAACCUUGGCAAUUGUGGCAGAAUUGCCCAUUUUGUAACAAUUAUUUGCUCCCUUCCCCCCCUUUUUGUUUUAAUAGGGACUAAAGUGGGAAGAAUGGCUAAUUUGUCACAGUGCUUAGUUACAACUGUUAAUGUGUGGCCUGCUGUUGGUGUACAUGUGGGUACAGGGUGUCUAUUUCCAAACAGAGUAUAAUAUCAAUACUGCUAAAUCUGCAUGUCCUCUGUGUGACUGAUAGAGCGUUGUUAUUUUAUUUUUUAAAGACAAUGACAGCAAAAUAGAAUUCCAACGUAUUAGUGUAGAUAUCUAGUUGGGAGUACUUUAUAAGUCUCACCUUCCCUUUUAAUAUUCAUAAUUGACUCAUGUUUAAUACACUUUAAUUUACAAGCUAAAUUGCAGAUGAGAGCAAUAGAUUUAGUUUAGACUUAGGUGGGUAGCAAUACCAGUAAACUUCAAUUACAUAACUUGCAACCACAAAACCUGUGAUACCUGUACAGUAACAAGUGUUGGCAUUAUCAGUUGAACUGUAAAUAUAAAUUGCUUCUUCCUGUUAGUCUCUAUAAUGAUUAAGUUUCUAAAGUUUAUCUAAACACCAUACAGAAACUUGUUUUGGGGAAUUUGAUAGUUAUUGAUGUACAUCUGUUAAACUGAUGACAGACAUAACUCAUCAUUCCCCAGAAACCUUUUUUGAUUACAGUAUCUAACAUUUUGCCUCCUCUUUUUUGGUUUUGCUGGUUAUAAAGGUUUGGAUUGGAGAGGGCUCACUGGAUCCCAAUCCUUGGAGCUGGAUCAUUGGAUUCAAAUCAUAAUGUGGAUAGGAUAGGGAGGAUGAAUUACCAGGAUUCAUGGAGCGGGAUCAGAUUACCAGGAACAUAGGAGUGGAUUCCUUCCUGCCCCAACCAAACCGCAUUCGUGUGGAUUUUUUUUUUCAUUCAACUUAAUUGGCUAUUCCAAAGAGUUUUUUCCUAUUUUUGACGAUUGGAGCCCUUAAGAUGCACGAUGGAAUGUGUUUUGCAUUUUUUGGUAAAAGGAGCAAAGCGAGGACCUGGAGAUAAUACGCUGGAGCAAUCUCCUUGGAAGGAUUCAGCACGAGUAGAUGGUAAACAUUUAAAGGGGAAAGGGGGGGUUUGUUUAAAAUAGUAAAUCAGUAAGUCACUUCUAAAUUUAAAGAAAACAAAAUUGGAGUUGAAGAAUAAGUAGGUUUCCAAUUGGCUAUUGCCGUUUUUCUUUGAAAAAUAAACAUUUUUUAAAAAACGA